CUAGGGUUUUAAAUUUUAUUCUGUUUUUUGUUUUAUAUCAUAAACUGAUUGGACUUUCCUUGUCGUGUUCUAAAACAAAAUGUAUCAUCUAAAUAUAUUUCAGUGUACAGACAUACUUUAGAUCUCCCUCUGUUCUUUCAGAAAGGAUCCUCUGUUUUCUAUUCGUAAAAACCCAUCAGUGCAACUCAAAUUUGAAGAAGAAAAACAGAACUCUCUGCAUUUGUUAUCAGAUUAUCGGAAAUCGAAGAACACCAUCAUGGAGAGAGCAUAUGGUUAUGAAACCACAGGAGUAGUACUAUCUAGAGACCCGAAGCCGCGAUUAAGGUGGACACCUGAUCUUCAUGAUCGAUUUGUCGAUGCUGUCACACGGCUUGGAGGACCAGAUAAGGCAACACCCAAAUCAGUGUUAAGAUUGAUGGGACUCAAGGGAUUGACAUUAUACCAUUUGAAAAGCCAUCUGCAGAAAUAUAGGCUGGGAAAACAGGGAAAGAAGGAAAGCAAUUUUGAUCGAAACACAGAUAGUGCGGGAAAUUUAGAUGGACAUGGACAUGGACAUGCACAUGCACAUGCACCUAUGCAUUCACCAUCAACAAGUAGUGGUGCUUCACUGGGAAAUCAUGAAGCAGAAAUCCCGUUCGCAGAAGCAAUAAGGUACCAAAUUGAUGUACAAAGAAAACUACAUGAGCAACUGGAGGUUCAAAAGAAAUUACAAAUGAGAAUUGAAGUACAAGGGAAGUAUUUACAAGCAAUAUUAGACAAAGCUCAAACAAACCUGUCAUUAGACACGAAUUCAACAAGGAAUUUCGAUGCAACAAAAACUCAACUUACAAACUUCAAUCUAGCUUUAUCAGGGUUAAUGGAUAACAUGGUUGAACAAGAAAACCAACAAGUGAUUGCAGAACAACAUAAUUUAACUAGUAAUAGUGAUGCUUUAUUAUUGAACGAUACUGAAAUUAGUAGGAAUCAAAAUUCAGGUUUUCAGUUAUAUAGAGAAGGAGAUCAGGAAGAGAUCAAUAAGAAAGACCAACAAGUAAAGAUAAAAGUCGAAGGUGGUUCGCUUCAUUUUGAUCUUAACAUAAACGGAAAUUACGAGUUUUUUAGAGCAAAAGGAAAUGAGCUCGAUUUGAAGAUGCAGCCACAAAUGUGAUAAAAAGUUUGGUUUAGAGAUUUACUUAUGCUCUUGUUCCAUCGUAGAACUUUGUAUUUUUGGGAUAGUUUUCUUAUUUCAAUUCUAUAAUUUGUCAGAAAUAUGUAUAAUAAUACAUUACUGUGUGUUAAAGUCUUA